AUGGUUCGCUGCGGCAGCUUCACUAGAGCAUCGACAUCUUCCUCCCUUCUCUCCUCCUUCCCCUCUCUACCAGCACCGGCCGCAGCCCCUCUCCACCGCCACCUCACCUGGUCCCGUAUCGCCCCCGCCUCCAGCAAUGCCGUCCGCCCUCGUGCUUCUCACCAAUUUCCCACACCUCCUCCGACGAGAUCGGGGAGACCGUGCAGGAGUCGGAUUCCGGGAAAUGGAACGGAGCUGCACAACCCAUUCUUGCCAGAAAGCAAAUCUCCACUCUCUGAUCUUUGGAAAGGAAUUGAGUUGACAUUUCUUGUUGGUCUACUCACCUUUCAAGUGUCUCAGCAGGCAAUUGCUGGUACAGAUUUUUCCGGAGUUCAGCCAACGGCUUAUAUAGGAGAUCUUGGUGAUCUAAGUACAGGAUUUGCAUCGGCAUUUUUGCUGAUCUUUUUCUCUGAACUGGGAGACAAAACAUUUUUUAUUGCUGCACUUUUGGCAGCUAGAAACUCUGGACUUGUAGUUUUUCUAGGCACAUUUGGAGCACUUGCGGCAAUGUCAGUUGUUUCGGUUGUUCUGGGACGAACAUUUCAUUAUAUUGACGGCGUUGUUCCAUUUAGGUUUGGUGACACAGACUUUCCAAUUGAUGAUUUUGCAGCAGUUUGCCUCUUGGUUUACUUUGGAGUUACUACAUUGCUUGAGGCUGCUUCAGAUGAUGGACAACAAACCACGGAUGAACAAAAGGAGGCAGAGUUAGCAGUUUCAGAAUUUUCAGGAGAUGGUGCAGGAAUUAUGGCUGCAGCCAGUACUGUUCUCAGCACAUUCGUCUUGGUCUUCGUUGCUGAAUGGGGUGACAAAUCCUUUUUCUCCACAAUAGCACUUGCUGCAGCUUCUUCACCUCUAGGUGUCAUUGCAGGGGCAACUGCUGGUCAUGCUCUUGCAACUUUGCUUGCAGUUCUCGGUGGUUCUUUGCUAGGAACAUUUGUCUCUGAGAAGGUUAUUUCUUAUGUUGGAGGAGUUCUUUUUCUAGUCUUUGCUGCUGUAACCUUGAUUGAGAUUGUAAAUUAGCUUAAGUCAACUGGCAAGACAGGUUUACUGCAGAUAGAUCUUAAGGUCAAGCAGAUCUUCAUGAAUUGCUGUGGCCCUCAUCAUACACAGAUGCUAAAAUACUGAAAUCAUUAGAGAAACUUGUGGUACCUUUUUCAUCAGCUUCAUGAUUGAAUGCUAGCCCAGAGUCAUCUCAAAUUCUACUGGAGAGGUGUACCUGGGUAAUUAGAUAAUGAACUGAAUGAAGAGGAUUUGGAGCAAAAUGAAAAUAAUGCUAUUUGCUGCCAAUCAAAAGUUCCAGUGGCCAUUUGGACAUCAGGUUUUAGGUAUUCUUUUUGUACAGAACACGAUAUUACCUUCGGUGGAUGGAUGAUAACAGUCCUCAAAAAGUGAAUUGUUUUAAUAAAAUUAUUGAGAUGCCUCCUAGCAUGAGUUUCUUUUUA